AUGAAGGAGUGGGAUAAACUUUCUUCGGAUACUGAAGAAUUUUUGUACAGUUAUGAUGUGUAUGAUGGAUUAGUAGAUAAAGAAAAUGAUUCAAAACGAGAAUCUACAGUAAUUUCUGAUAAAGAAUCCCCAAUAACUAAGACCGAAAGCAAAACAUAUCAAACAGCUAAGAGAUGGCAUACACUCGCAGAUGAUGAUGAAAAAUUGUGCAUAUCGGGUAUCACAACGCAUAAAUGGAUUGAGGAUGAAAGCACAACUUCAACACAUCAGCUAUUGACUCCAUGUGACAGCAAUCUCGAAGUUAUCCUGCAGAAAGACGUUAUCAUUGAAAAUCGAGAGCGUAAAUUAAAACUGCAUUUUAAUAAGCUCUUCGAAGAAAUGAAACGCGCAAAGGAAUGCGUAUUAAAAUGUGCAAAGGAACGCAUCGACAGGCUUCAAUAUUGCGCGUCUGAAUUGAAAACGAUGUUUAAAAUAAAUUCCGUUUUGGAACCAAUCGAGACUCCUUCUUGGAAUGUCGACGAAAUACCUGACUACGUAAUUACCGUAAAAGAUCACGAAGUAUUUAAAAAGUCACAACAAAAAAAAUUGAAAAUAAUUGAGGAUGGAGAAGAUAAGAGUAAAGACAAAAAUACCAGUAAUUUUUAUAAAAUAGCUCUUGAAAAAAUGAUGGAUGGUGUAUUAGAACUUAAAUGGGAAGAUGAAGUAAAAAAAGAAAUACCUGUGCCAGACUGUCUAAUUACGAAGAAUUCUUCGAAAUAUACCGAAGAGGAUAUCGCAAUUAUCACAUCGUAUAAGUCCAAAGUGCAAGUGCUGCAAAGAGAACGAGAAAAAUAUAAAGCUACCUUGCAGGCUGAUAUUGUAGAAACAAAAGACGCCUUGCAGAGAGACAUCGCCGCAUUCAACGACAAGUUAAAAGAUCUGGAAUUAAAGAAGAUACAAAUUGAAAGUGCAAUCCUUCAGGAAAGACUGACAAGGUUACAUGCGAUUCGAAGACACCGCACUAUGGUUGACGGCAAAGAAAAAAUCGCUCGUUUCACUGACGAGGAGUUAGCACCAACAACGCAAGAGGCACGCAGACUCGCCGAGGAAUGCAAUUCGCUGGAGAUGGUCGUGUCAGAGCUAAAAGUUCGAUAUGACAACCUUUGCAAGGCGGAUAAACGUCAGGAGGCCAAGUUCCGCGGUGAAUUCGCAGAGGUGAAGCAGCCGAUAGUAGAACACUUGUUCAGGCACUACAAGAAGCGGCCCAGGGCUGGUCGACUGACUACCACGUCUGUCACGUAUCUGACAGAGGUAACGAAAUGCGUCGUAAGUAGUGAGAAGUCAGACAUCUUACCACACGAAUGCCUGGAUUUCCUCAAAGGCAUGGAUGCUUUGGAUUCAAUGCCUCGAAAUUUACCACCGCAAAUUAACGUUGAAUAUUGGCAAGUGAUGUGUAGAUUGAGGAGGAUGAAGGUUGAAAUGGAGGUGAAGGUAACAUGUUGCGCGGUAGAGGUGGCCGAAGCGGAGCAGACGCUGUUGUUUUAUCAGAAAGCGAUGCAGUCAGCUGAUAACGCCGUAGCAUGCAAGAAAGUCAGCUUGGAUGACAGGGAGAAAUCCUUGAUGCAACUCUCGCAGGAAAUGGAGAUUCAACUCGUCUUAAAAAUGGGCCAGAUCGAGGUACCGCUGCGAGGUUGUCCCUCUGACUAUGCAAACGCCGUUCUCGUUACGUGCGACGAACUUUUACGGGUCAACGAUUGUAUUGUCGAAACUGGAAAACGCAAACUGGCGGCUUUGCAUAAAUCCAUGCACUUGCAGAAAGUCUUGUCACAAUAUGAAUGGCAGCACGUUUGCGCAAAGAUGACAAUGGAGGAUCUGCAGCGGGACUUGAAGGAUAUCCGAGAGUUCAAGAUCACGAGAAAUGUGCUCGAAUUUUUGACCAACUCUCCCUGUAGUGUAAAUUUAGAAAGAGAUUACGAAAAGAUGCAAGCCAAUUUGCGAAUAUUUCGAAACAAAUUUCGUGAAUUGUUAGAAUUAGAGCAAGUACGUCUGAAAGAAGCAAAGCUGUGCAUGGUUAAGUGGAAGAAAAAGAACGAUAAGAUAGCACAGGAGAUCAGAACAAAGUCGUCGGACGUUGAGAAGCGUCGCAGGUUGCUUGACGAUCCACAUCGCAAAAGGGACGAAGAGUCUCGAAAGAUAAGACUUGCGGCGAUUGCGAGACGUACUAAGCUCGUUAUGAAAGCAGAGACUAAUUAUGAGCAGUUGCUAAUCUUGCAUGCUCACCUCGAGGUUUUAAAGUUGCGAACGUAUCCGACCUUGCAGUUUAAAACCGCAUAG